AUGUCGACGGGGGGUGCUGCACUUCAGCCGACCUUCCAUGGUCAUGUAGCAACGACUCAAGAUGCUCUGGUUCUGUUCGAGGCCUGCUUGCAAGGCCAUCUUUCACAUGUUCCCCGCCGACCACAUGACCGGGAACGCAGCAGUCUGAUCCGGAGCGGCUGUAUCUUCAUCUACGAAGAGAAUGCAUCUGGCAUCAAGAGGUGGACAGAUGGCGUCACCUGGAGUCCGAGUCGCAUCCUUGGCAACUUCUUGGUCUAUCGCGAACUCGACAAACCCUUCCCGCCAGGCGAGAAGAAGCGAGCCAUGAAAAAGCAGCAAAGACGACCGAGUCGACCUGGAGAGCCCUACCCUCGGCCUGACGCGGGGUCCUUCUCAGAUGGCGGCAGUCAGUCUUCGGCCUAUGGCUCAGAAAGAGCAGCAACGGAAGUUGAGAGACAACUCAUUGGCUCGCUCAUCGACUCGUAUGGAUUCAAACAGGAUGGCUUGGUCAAAAAGACCAUGAGUGUCACUGUACAAGGAGUGACACAUCAUCUCGUCAGCUACUACAACGUCAAUGAUGUUAUCCAGAACAAUCUACGAACUCCUUCGCAAACCGACAAUCUACAGUACAUUCGUCCUCGACAAGAACUUACAUCUAAGCAGAGCUUCCGAUCUCCGAUCGAGGAUGUGGACGAAGUUGACGCCGCUCCCACCCCGUAUGGUUAUCGAGUCAACCAGCCGCCCUACAUUCAAGACUACAAGCAGCAGCCGUAUUACAUGCCUCCCAACUAUCCGUCUAUGAAUCAGCAACAGCCCCCAAGCGGAGCACCAUAUUCUAUGGGUGUGCCUCCCAUCGCUGGCUCUUACAUCCAAUCGCCAGUCCCGCCCUCACACAUCCAAACAACUCGCAAUGACUACAGCCAGUAUGAUCAAUCCACGUACAACAGGAGCUAUGACUCGUUGAAUAACUCGAUUCCUCCAUCCUCCAAGUCGAUGCCCCCUACCCCAACGACGAUGCCGUCUAUGGUGCCUGACAGAGGUCAACCCCAAUCGGGAAUGUAUCCUCCUAUGAGCAUCCAACGCCCUAUUGAUAAUCUCAGCCCCACGUCAAUAGACUCGAGAAAUAGCGGACCCUACCGCGCAAAUCAUUAUCCCGUCAACCCCAGCCAUACAGCCAUGGAUCAGUCUCGCCAAAGUCAGCCCUCCCCGACUCAGGUCAAAUACGAGGAUCGUCGGGAUUCCAAUCAGCAAUCGUCCCAUCUCUAUGGCUCAAGGCCAGGUUAUUAUCCCGACGGUGCUGGACAAUCCAUGGGGUCGUCGCAGUAUUCUCAACCGGGACAACUAGGACAGUGGCAAGGACAAAACCAUCCUCAACAGUAA